AUGCCUUCUUGGAAUGAUGGAGAUGAGAGCUCCGACGGCGACAUCAUGGGGGGCAACCUGAUGGACAUGGAGUACUUUGACACACCUGACACCGUCCCUGAGCCACUGUGGUGUGGUGCUCCCAUGGAGGAGGUUGCCAAGUGCACUCUGCACCAGAUGAUGCCUAGGAAGUGUGUUGCUUUUGAAGGUGACAAUGCUAGGAGGAGGUUCUAUGGAUGCCCUGUUCAGGGAGGUGUGAACUAUGGUGUAGUUAAGUGGGUUGAUCCAGUCCACCCUGAUAUACUGAAGAACUGCCUCAUCAAGCUGUGGGAAUUGUUCCAUGAGCAAAACCUUGGCAGGAUUCAAGACAAGAAUGCAUAUGAUGCUGAGUUAGCCAAAUUGAAGAAGGAGAAGGAUCAUCUGUGUGAGGAGUUUCCGAAAAUGGUUGAUGAAAAUUUGAGAAGCAGAAUGAAGAGCUAG